AAUAAGACAAGGAUUUUAGGGUUUGGUAUACCUCCUCCACGCCAGACAUGGUUUCAGCUUCGGACACACCCUGUCUCGAACGAUCUGCGUGCGAUCGGGGCUGUGCAAACGGGCGGUUCAUCGCAAUACAAUUCACGAUGUGGGUUUGACGCUGCACCUUCUUGCUUGGUGAACCCAACUUCAUCUCGGCCGUCGAAGCAUUGGGUGUUUGGGAAUUUCUAAGUGUAGCGACAGAGCCGGUGCCCUUGAUUAUGGUCUCGAUCCCGUCGGCAAGGACCACGAGUUUUACAGCCAGUCGCUUAGAUCUGGCUUUGAACAGAGGUGCGCUGCACUGCGUCCAUUAUUAGGGAACUCUGUCUCGGUUACGAGGAGUUUCUUUGGGUGCUUUGGAUCGAGGAGGAUUUGCAGUCAUGGGGGAGCUAUACUUGGAUAAGCACGUGGCUUACAUUAAAUCUCUCGACAAGAAGAAAGAUUUCGAUGCGGUGGUGAUGGAGCACUUACGCAUGAGCGGAGCGUACUGGGGCCUUACGGCGCUGGACAUCAUGGGACGCCUUGGCGACAUGAACGUUGAUGAGAUCGUGUCGUGGAUCUUAAUGUGCCAGGAUGAUUGUGGAGGAUUUGGAGGGAAUCACGAGCACGACCCGCACAUCCUCUAUACGCUAAGCGCCGUGCAAAUUCUUGCUCUGUUUGACAGGGUUGAUGCUGUAGACGCCGAUAAAAUUGCAUCAUACAUCUCAGGAUUACAGAAUGAGGAUGGAUCCUUCUCUGGUGACGAAUGGGGGGAGAUUGAUACUCGAUUUUCUUACUGCGCAAUCUGCUGCCUUUCUUUGCUGAAACGGCUCGACAAGAUUAAUUUAGAAAAGGCCUGUAACUUCGUUGCCAGCUGCAAAAACUUCGACGGUGGCUUCGGUUGCGCUCCAGGCGGUGAAUCCCACGCAGGCCAAACUUUUUGUUGUGUAGGAGCUCUCGCAAUAGGCGGUGCUCUGCAUCAUGUUGAUAAAGAUCUAUUAGGUUGGUGGCUUGCGGAACGGCAAGUUAAAUCGGGGGGUCUCAAUGGUCGUCCCGAGAAGCUUCCGGACGUUUGUUAUUCGUGGUGGGUGCUUGCUAGCCUAGUGAUUAUGGAGCGAGUGCACUGGAUUGAUAGGAAGAAAUUGGAGCAAUUUAUUCUUGAUUGCCAGGACCCCGAGUGCGGAGGAAUAUCUGACAGGCCUGACGACGCUGUAGACGUCUUCCACACUUUCUUUGGUGUUGCAGGGCUAUCGUUGCUAGGAUUUCCAGGACUUGCCGCCAUAGAUCCUGCGUACGCUCUCCCCGUGAACGUAGUGGACAGAGUUUUCUAUGGUCACAAGAAACAACUGGCAGCCUCGUAGUUUCUAAUUCAAUUUCUUUGUGAGCACAAUAGCCAGGCUUGUAUGGAAGAAGGUAUACAGCGUAGAAUCUCCUCGGUAGAUUGGGUGCUAUAUUAAGGCUAUGCAUCCAUGUAUAUUGAUUCAAGUAUUCAGGUAUUACAUACUCUCGGGAAGUUAUUAUUUUCCCGUAUGUUGUAUUAGCAUUUGACACAAAUUAAUUCUUCGCAAAUGUUAAAGACUAAACUUCGUCUAAAUGAA